AUUCAUUUUCCUGUUGCUGUGACAAGCCAACACCCCUCUGCCUGCACAAAAAGUGGAACGUUCCAGCUCGCUCUGGGCUCUGUUGUUGUGCAGAGCAGCAGAAGGCCUGAUAGAGCCAGCUAGACAGAGAGAGAAGGAAGAGAGGGAUACAGAGACAGACACACACUGUGGAUCAAGAGCCUGUGUAUUAAUUUCAUCAACCAGUUCAACCAGCGACACCAAAGAGGAAGGAGACAAAGGGAAGAGGAGGGCAAAAACGAGCUUCACUGAAAGCAGGGAAAGUGAAAGACAGGCAAGGUGCAAGAGGAGAAGGAAGGAAGGAAAGGGAGGGAAGAAGGAGGCUGGGACAUGAGGAGGGGUGCCUGACUGACACUGCUGCUCUCGCUAUCAGCUCUCACACACACACAGAUGUAGGCAGACGCGCACACACAUUCAGCCGGAUUGUGCACUGCACAGUUGCUGCUCUUUUUUAUCCUUCGCAGAGCCUUGUCCUCCAUCCUUUCUCCUCUUCUGAGCGAGAAGACAAGAGAGACAGAGAAAGAGGAGGAAAAGGAGGAGGGAAAAGGAGGAGGAGAAGAAGGAGGAGGAGGAGGGGAGGCAGUAACGCUCUCCUCUCCUUUGCUCAGACACACAGCAGAGAGAGAUAGGGAGAGAAGAGUAAAAAAGAGAGAGAGAAAGCAGCUUUCUGUUCUAUUUCGCCGUCUCCUGUGGUCCCUCGGCCAGCGAGCGGCUAACAGGCACCGCUCAUGUCCGUGAACUCGGAGAAAUCCUCGUCCCCUGAAAGGCCUGAGACCCAGCAGAAAGCUCCGGUGAGUGCCCCUCCUCCCCCGCCGCCCCCGCCGCCUCCCCCUGAGCCGGCAGGGCCCCCAGAGCCGGAGGAGGAAAUCCUGGGUUCCGACGAUGAGGAGCAGGAGGACCCCGCAGACUACUGCAAAGGAGGGUACCAUCCGGUGAAGAUCGGGGAUUUGUUCAACGGGAGGUACCAUGUGAUCAGGAAGUUGGGGUGGGGCCACUUCUCCACCGUAUGGCUAUGCUGGGACAUACAAGUGAAGAACUUUGUGGCGAUGAAGGUGGUGAAGAGCGCCCAGCAUUACACAGAGACGGCCCUGGAUGAGAUCAAACUGCUGCGAUGUGUGAGAGAAAGUGACCCCUGCGACCCAAACAAGGACAUGGUGGUUCAGCUGAUAGAUGACUUCAAGAUCUCUGGAGUCAACGGCAUACAUGUGUGUAUGGUGUUUGAGGUGCUAGGUCACCACCUGCUGAAGUGGAUUAUUAAAUCCAACUACCAAGGUCUGCCGCUGCCAUGUGUCAAGAGCAUUAUCAGACAGGUCCUGCAGGGUCUGGACUACCUCCACACUAAAUGUAAAAUCAUCCACACGGACAUCAAGCCAGAGAACAUCCUGAUGUGUGUAGAUGACGCCUUUGUUAGGCGUAUGGCCAUGGAAGCAACCGAAUGGCAGAAAGCUGGAGCCCCCCCACCGUCUGGAUCAGCAGUUAGCACAGCCCCCCAGCUCAAACCGGUGAGUACAACAGAUGUGGGGAAGAUCUCCAAGAACAAGAAGAAGAAGCUGAAGAAGAAACAGAAGCGGCAGGCAGAGCUGCUGGAGAGGCGGAUGCUGGAGAUCGAAGCCCUGGAGAGAGAGGCCGAGAGGAGGGAGGAGAGAGCCAAAGAAGGGGGAGAGAAAGGGGCGCAUGAACACAACCCGCCUUCGCCGCCGCCACCGCAGCUGGGCCCCAGCAUGGCCCUGGGAGAGAGCGACGAGGAUGAUGACGACGAGGAGGAUGGGGAAGACGAGGAGGAGGAGGGAGGAGAGAGGCCCAUCAGAUUGACUAAUCAUACAUGUGCGGCGCCUCCUCAGGAGCAGAGCGAGGGACCCAACAUCAGUGACGAGGACCCCGAUGAGGAGGUGGAAGAGGAGGACGAGCCCACGCCUACCGCUGAAAAAGAUGCCCCCAUUCCCCCCACCACAGAAGAAGGUAAUGGAAAUCCAACACCAGCAGAGGUAGAGGAUGAGGAGGAGGAGGUGGGAUUAAAAGGGGCAGAGGAUGAGAAUGAAGAAGAGGAGGCGGAAGAGAAGGUAGAGGAGGUAGAGGAGGAGGAGGAGGAGGAGGAGGAGGAGGAAGAAGAAGAAGAGGAGGAGGAGGAGGAGGAGGAGAAAGAGACUGAAAGAGAGGAGACAAAGAAUGAGAGCAAAACAGAAGAGGAGGCAGGGGUAGAGGAAGAGGAGUCAAAAAAGCAGGAGGGGGAGGAUGAGGAGGACGAGGACGAGGAGGAUGAGGAUGAGGAAGACGAGGAUGAUGACACGACCGCGGACCUUGUCACAGAGACCACCUCCCCCAUCAAACCUCACAACAACAAAAGCAAUUUGGCCAAAACCAACGGUCACGUUUUGUUGGGAUCUGAGGGACUGAAACCAAACCCUGGCACUCCUCCGCCCCCCUCGCCCACCCCUGAGCCUCUCCUCUGCCCCCUGGUGGAGUCCGAGCUCAGCUACACGGACAGGGAUAACUCUCUCAGCUCUGGUUAUGAGAUGCAAAACGGCGAGCUGGGUGAGCCGGAGCUGACCAACGGCUCCAAUGACCGGCAUCGGGGCACGAUGCCCCUCUUCCCCGAGUUGCCCCUGGAUCCUGUGCCGGGAAACCCCAUUUCUGUUGGAACGGCAGACAUUGGAGCAGGCCCGUCACCCAACAGCCCCACUGCUGACCGCAGUCGCACUGUGUCGUCCUCAAGCACGGGAGACAUGCCCAAAGUCAGGGCCAGAGCUGCAGAUCUCCUGAUCAACCCACUAGACCCGCGCAACGCUGAGUCUAUUCGAGUCAAAAUCGCUGAUCUUGGAAAUGCCUGCUGGGUGCACAAGCACUUUACAGAGGACAUCCAGACGAGACAGUACCGUUCCAUUGAAGUCCUGAUAGGAGCUGGUUACAGCACCCCUGCAGACAUCUGGAGUACUGCCUGCAUGGCUUUUGAGCUGGCUACUGGAGAUUACUUGUUUGAGCCCCACUCUGGAGAGGACUACUCCCGUGAUGAGGACCACAUCGCUCUGAUCAUGGAGCUCCUUGGGAAGGUCCCACGCAAAGUGGUCGCUGCCGGGAAGUACAGCCGAGAGUUUUUCUCCAAGAAAGGUGAGCUGCGGCACAUCACCAAGCUGAAGCCGUGGUCCCUGUUUGACGUCCUGGUGGAGAAGUACGGCUGGGCGCACGAAGACGCCGGCCACUUCACCCACUUCCUUCUGCCCAUGCUGGAGAUGGUGCCCGAGAAGAGGGCCUCGGCCGGCGAAUGCCUCAACCACCCCUGGAUCAACUCGUAGCCACAAUCUCCGAUCAGACGCCCUCCUCCCCUUGUCCCCCAACAAUUAGCCCAAACAUCACCCCCUGGUGGCAGCCUGUGGAACAACAGCAUGGAGAGAAGCUGGAGACAAACAGAGUCGGAGUAGAUGAGAAAGAAUUAUUCUUUCCUGCCCUAUCCUACACAUCCAUUACAUGCUUAUCUGAGUAGGCUUUAGUCCCACACAAGACCACAUCACCUUUUCCCAAAAGGAAUGUAAAGACAAGCUUAUGGAGAUAACAUGACAUAGUAGCUGCGUCUUCCAAAACAUCUCCCAAAAAGAAUCAGAUCAUUUGAAGAUGGAUGCUGCUCACACCGUAAAAGGGAGUAAUGAGGCCCCGUCUGGAAGAGAUUCUUCUUGUCUUCUGCUGUCAAGAUGUCAGCCAGUCCCUUCCAUUUAAUCUCCUCCUAAUUUUCUGUUUUAACUUGUUUGGAUCCAGUCAUGGGCCACUGGCAGCUGCUGAAAGAAAGUGCUGAAAGAAAAGUGAAGGAGAAGCCCCAUCGCAGUGCUGACGGCCCAGAGCUCCAUCUGCCAUGACCUUUACAUAGCCAGGGCCUCAAAGACAGACAAGUGUGUGUGAUUUUGUGAGUGAGAAUGAGCGGAUGUGCCUGUGCUCAAGAUCUGUCUACAUAGACCCUUCUUCCUCUCUUUCCAGUCCAGUUGCCCCUCCUUCUGUCCCUGCCUCUGCUAUGGAAGAAGCACCCACAUCUGACUAAACGUUUACACCCUGACCCCCGAGGGCGGCCAGUCCUCCAGGGGGCACCACUGACAGUUACCACUCUGCAGACAGAUAGAAAAAGUGCGGGAUGAGCAAAAAACAAAAAAUACAAUCUAUUUAACACAGAGGAGGAAUGCUUGGUCUUUAAGGACUAUUUUUAAAAUGCAUGGAGAGACUGAUUGAUCAGCAUGAACGGAAACGGACGAUGGAUGCAAUAUUUUAUUUGUGCAUUUCGCUGGUUUCUUUCCUGUUUCAUCACUUCUCUCGGACAUAAUGUUAGAAAGAAUUGUGUUAGGAUAUUUAGGUUCCCCCUCAAAGGAAGGUAACUAUGUUACAACUCCUUCCUCUCCAGCUUUUGACAUUCCUAAAUCUUGGUCCUCUGCCAUCAGUCCUGACGUUUAUUCCCAAGAACAAUUCUGUUGAGUCCUGAUGUGGCACGUUUACCUGACCUGAUUGGUACUAUUACUCCCUUUUUUCCCCUAUAGAGGAACCCUCGAGGAACCUGAGCUUCUCCAGAAAGGGGAUGGUCACAUGGAGGUUGCACUUGUCUUUGUAGAUGUCCUUCAGGGAUUUGAAACCUUUGUACAUAGAACUGAGAUCUUGCAACGCAGAUAAGCAACAGUGGACAAAGUUUCAACACACAAGCAUCAUUCCAAAAAUCAGAGGCUGUUGUUGGCAUAACUUGACUUCCUCUGAUAAGGUGGGGGGGGCGGGCCGCCAUAGCGCUGGCCCUGGAGGAAUGUUCAGACUGAACUGUGCCAUCUGAUGGCUGAAUGAGAGUACUGCAUUGCCACACACAGCUGCUGCUCUCAGUGCCAACGCUCCAAGACGUUCCACUUUAUCUCUCCACUUAAUCUCUAUUUCUCUGUCUCUCUCUCACACACACAGACACACACACACACAAAAACGUGCAUCAUCACAAUUAGUCCAGUUGCCUAUUUUUCGCAAUAAAUGAAAAAAAGAUGAGUAUAAGUAAAUGGUGAAAUAUUUUUAAAAACUAUUUAAUUCAUUAAAAAAAAGAGGGGAAAAAAAAGAAAACAGCUUUUCUCUGGUUGUUGUGACCGUGACAAAAUCUCGUCUUAUACUGAGGUGAUUGUGUUUGUCUAUUAGAGAUGUUUUUAUUUCUUUUGUCAUUAUUAUUAUUAUUAUUAAUUAUUAUUAAUUAUUAUUAUUGAAAGAUUUUUUUACACAGUUGUCACCUCUCCCCUCCCUCCUUACUUGAACAGUGCUGCUCUUUCUGGGCUCUUGGUGGUGAUAAAAAAAAAUCAACAGUUUUGCAAUAAAGGGUAUGUGAUGAGUUUUUUUGCACCAAAACCUCCUGAUCUCACUCGUUCAGCCAUGCUGACUGUUCUUCCUGAUGACAUUGACAGAAUCGCGUCUCGUCUGUGUUUUUCAUUGACAGAUUUAAUAAAAUUGUAAAUUAAUGGA